CGAAGCUGCACCAAAUGCGAGCAGGUGACAAAUACAACAUGUAACUCCACUGCAGAUGCCACUUGCUCCUGCUUGGAAGGGUAUUUGUGUGCCAACGAGCAGUGCUCAAAAUGCAAGAAGAUGCCUGUGUGUGGCAGAGGGGAGGAGCUGCAGAAGCAAGGAUCGUUUGACUAUCAUUACACAUGUGUUCAAUGCCCCAACAAUACCUACUCGGACACCGUAGGAGGAAUCUGCAAGCAGCUAGCACAGUGUAAUCAGCUUGGACUGCAAGUAAUUUCACCUGGCAACAGCACCCACAAUACCAAAUGCGGGUGUUCAAGACAUGAAACGAACCGCUAUGAGAUUCCAGCAGUUCACCUCACCGUGAUCAUCUUGCUCCUCUUCAUUCUGCAUUUGUGCAGCUGCCUGAUGGGACAAUACUGCAGACAUAACAAGCAGAUUGGAUCCAUGAUGCCAGCUGCGGGUCGGGCAGACAGAAGGUGCCGCUGCCCACUGUCGGAGGAAGAGAAAGGUGACUUCCCUGGUCAGCUGAUCGACAACAAGAGCAACUCUAACUACGAGCCUUCCUCCUUUGAACAGAGCCAAAAAUCGAUGUUGUGACCCCUAACUCUUUCCCCAAGGAAAUAAUAAAAAAAAAUCAUCAGACAACACAGCUGACAAGGCUCUGACAGAUUCAAGCACUGGUGUAGGUGUUUCCCUACAAUGGAAAGCUAUCCUGCUCGAAAGUUGAACAAUACCGUUGUGUUUUUUUUGUCAGUUUCUGACUGUCCUAUGGCGGUCAAAAGGCUUUCAAGAAACUCCAGCCACAGCCUUCUGUAUGUAUGCGUCACCAAAGUUUCAGUUUGAUUCACAUUGG